AUGCCAAAAGUGCCACGGUCAGUUCAUGGGAUUAAGGAAGCCUGCAGAUUGUAUACGAUUGAAAGUGCAUUUGCCCUUACAGUAGCUUUUCUCAUCAACAUAUCUAUCAUACCUGUCAGUGGUGCUGUCUGUGGUUCAGGUAAUUUGAACCCAAAAGCAAUCUCGGAGUAUGCCCUCCUGGGAUGUAAGCUAUCUAUAAUGUCUACCGAUGUCUCAGCCAGAAAGCAAUGCAUAAAAAAAGCAAUAGAUGCUCUUUUGAGUCCUCAGGCUUCAGAUGGUUCAGAAGCCCAUCUUGAGACAGCCAGUGAAGAGUUAUUCGCAUUUUGUCCUGAUGAAGAGUUCUUGCCUAAAAACCAUCUUUCAAGAGGGUAUUAUACUACAAGUCAUUAUAUAUCUGUAUCUACUAUCGACAGAGUUUGA